GCGGCUCUGCGCAGGCGCGGCGGCGGCGGCGGCGGCGGCGGCGCGGGUGAAAGGUGGCAACAGGGCGCCUGCGCCGAGCGGCCCGCGCGCCUGCGCACAGCGACCUGGCGCCAUGGCGGACAAAGAGAAGAAGAAGAAGGAGAGUAUCUUGGACCUGUCCAAGUACAUUGACAAGACCAUCCGGGUGAAGUUCCAGGGGGGCCGCGAAGCCAGUGGAAUCCUGAAGGGCUUUGACCCGCUCCUCAACCUUGUGCUGGACGGCACCAUCGAGUACAUGAGAGACCCCGACGACCAGUACAAGCUGACAGAGGACACGCGGCAGCUGGGGCUCGUGGUGUGCCGAGGCACGUCGGUGGUGCUCAUCUGCCCGCAGGACGGCAUGGAGGCCAUCCCCAACCCCUUCAUCCAGCAGCAGGACGCCUAGCGCCGGCCCCCCACCCCCCACACCCCAAAGACCCCUCGCCUUUGUUUUCUUAAUAAAAUGACAAACCUC